AAUAUAUUAUUAUGUAAGUAGGUACACUAAUACGGCCAGUUAAUAAUAAAUGAAAAUAAUACCGAUAUAAUAUUACCGAUUAUCGACAUUACCGUAGUCCACCGAGUUAAAGUGUUAAACAAUAAUUAAAACAUCGAUACUUUUCAUGUGAAAAUUGUCAAAACAACAAAUUAUGUAAUUUGAGUACUUGUGAAUAUUACUUAAUUCUUACUGCUAUAAUUUUUAUUUUUAUAUUGGACUUUUGCUCAACACAUUGUUUUUAAUUCACAAAAUACCAAUAUGAUUUUUUUUCGUGUUUCAUAUAAAUUUCUAAAAAACACUAUUAGAAUACAAAACAAUGUUAGAAGUUUUAGCAGCACUAAUCACCAAGCGAUGAGAUUUGUUCAAUAUAGAGAUGGUUGUGAUCGAGGUUUGGGUAUCCAGCUGAAUUGUGGUAAAUCAAUAGUGAGCUUGAAUGGUGCAGAUCCGACUAUUCCCGUUGAUAUGGUAUCGUUUUUACACAGUGAAUACUCAAUUGAUAGAAUUGAAAAGAUAGUUAAAGAAAAAAAGAAAGUCUUGCAGUUGAAUCAGGUCGAAUUGUUACCAUGUAUUACUAAACCAGAUAAAGUUAUAUGUGUAGGACUGAAUUAUAAAGGACACUGUGAUGAACAAAAUAAACCAUACCCCAAAGAGCCAUUCUUUUUUUCAAAAUUCCCAAGUACAAUUAUUGGCCCAAAUGAUGCUGUAAAGCAUUCAUCAAAAUCAAAAGCAUUAGAUUGGGAAGUAGAAAUGGCUGUAGUUAUUGGAAAUACAUGUAAGAAUGUAAGUGUUGACGAUGCAUAUAAAUAUGUGUUUGGAUACACUAUUGCUCAAGAUAUAUCAGCAAGAGAUUGGCAGAAAACUAGAAACAAUGGGCAAUGGUUGAUUGCAAAAAGUAUGGAUACAUUUUGCCCUCUGGGAUCAGUUUUGGUACAUAAAAAUGAAAUUCCUGAACCACAUUCACUACAAAUAAAAUGUUCAAUUAAUGGUGUCAUGAAACAAAAUGGUUCUACUGAAGAACUGAUUCACAGAGUUGAUAAAUUAGUUUCAUUUUUGUCAAAUUUGAUCACAUUAUUGCCUGGAGACAUAAUUCUUACUGGAACGCCUAGUGGAGUUGGCGUAUUUCGAGAACCAAAAGAAUUUUUAAAAAUUGGAGAUGUCAUCGAAAGUGAAAUAUCAUGUAUUGGCAAAAUGGAAAAUCCAGUAAUUGCAGAUGAAUAAUAUUUAAGACCAUUAUUAGUAUUUGUUAAACUAUUAUAAAAAUAAAAUAAUUUGAUGUCUUUAAACUAAUUUUCAAAAUGUAUUUUUAAAUGUAUACAAUUAAUAAAUUUGAAUCAAAAGUUAUUAAAUAA